AUGUCUCGUUUCAGCUCAACCCGGGCAAUCGCUACGGCCUGGGUGGGCGCCAACGGCUCGGGCAAAUCAACCUUCCUGCGCAUCCUCACCGGCGAGGAGCGAGAUCACUUCGCCUACGAGACCCAUCCCAUCCUCGACGUGGUGAUGAUGGGCGACGACGAAUUGUGGUCGGCGAUGACCGAAAAGGAAAAGCUGCUCGCCAACGCCGACGAGAAUUUCGAUGCCCGUGCCGGCGAGAUCCUCGAGGGCCUGGGCAUUGCCUCCGAACAGCAUCGCGAGCCGCUGUCGACCCUCUCCGGUGGCUUCAAGCUGCGGGUGCUGCUGGCCAAGGUGCUGGCCGCGGUGCCUGAUUGCCUGCUGCUCGACGAGCCCACCAACCAUCUCGACAUUCUGUCGAUUCGCUGGUUGGAGAAGUUCCUGGUCGACUACGCCGGCACCGCGGUGGUGAUCUCUCACGAUCACCGCUUUCUCGACAAUACUUCGUCCGCGGCAAAGAGGCCGAGCGCGACCGCAAAGCAAGCCGAGAUCAAAAAGCGCGAGCGCCGCAUCGCCGAGCACAAAGCCUUCAUCGACCGCUUCAAGGCCAAAGCCACCAAGGCGCGGCAGGCGCAGAGCAAGAUGAAGCAGAUGGAGCGCAUCCAGAUCGACGUGCUGCCCCAGAGCUCGCGGCGCUACCCGACCUUCCGCUUCCAGCAAUGCCGACCCAGCGGCAAGGUAGCGCUCGAAGUCAAGAAAGUCUCGAAGGCCUACGACGACAAUCAGGUGCUGAAAGAUGUCUCGCUACGGGUCGACCGCGGCGACCGGAUCGCCAUCAUCGGCCCCAACGGCAUCGGCAAGUCGACCCUGCUGAAGAUCGCCAUGGGCGAGGUCGAGGCCGACUCGGGUAGCACCGAGUGGGGCUACGAAGCCCAUCCGGGCUACUUCGCGCAGGAUCACAAAGAGAUCUUCGAAGGCCAGAAGACCACCAUCGAGAGCUGGCUGUGGGAGUUCUGCGCCGAUCAACCGGUGGGCUUCGUGCGCGGCCGGCUGGGCAUGGUGCUGUUCUCCGGCGACGAGGUCGAAAAAAAGGUCGGCAGCGUCUCCGGCGGCGAGUCGGCGCGGCUGAUCUUCGCUCGCCUCGGGGUGCAAGAACCCAACGUAUUGGUGCUUGACGAGCCCACCAAUCACCUCGAUCUCGAAGCCAUCGAAGCGCUGGUCAAAGGGCUGCGAGAGUUCGAAGGCACCCUGCUGUUGGUCUCUCACGAUCGCUGGUUCGUCUCCCAACUGGCCGAGCGCAUCGUCGAAAUUUCGGCCAAUGGCUUGCAGGACUUCCGCGGCUCCUACGACGAGUAUGUCGAGCGCUGUGGCGACGACCACCUCGACGCCGAGCAGGUAGUCUUGAAAGCCAAGCGCGACAAGCGUCGCACCAAAGGGGACUCCCGCGGCGGCAACGCCAAGCUGGACGACAAGGGACUGCAGAAGGAGCACCGCAAGCUCACCCGACAGCGCGACCAGGCGACCGCCGAGAUCGAGCGCGCCGAGGCCCGGGUCGGCGAGAUCAACGAGCUGUUUUGUAAUCCGGGCUUCUUCGACAAGACGCCCGCCCCCGAAACCCGGCGCCUCGAGGCCGAGCAGAAAAAGCUCUCCGGCCGCAUCGAGGAGCUGAUGAAGAAGUGGGAGCAGCUCGAAGGAGAGCUCGCCGAGCUCGACGAACAACGCUCCCUGAAGGUCUAA